AUGUCGACCGUAUCAAGUGGGAUACUCCUCGACGACCCAUAUCUGCAGUACCAGCCUGGUUUGGCGUACAGCCUGCCUAUACAGCUUGUAGUCAACGGUAUCACAGGGACGCUUCUCUGUGUUCUAUUGAUACAUUUGCUUUUCACAACUCAAUAUCACUAUCCCCUCGCCCCGCUCAACUACUUUCUCCAACUGUCCUCCAUCGUUGUUGUAUUGAUCAGCGUCAUCAUCAAACUUGUUGUGGCUCUCAACUACUGUACGGCAGCAGCAGACAAGUGGCCGUAUGAUCUGGAUUAUGUGGCCGUGACGAUACCGCCCACAAGCUGGUCAACGGGGCAAAAUGCGGCGUGGUUCUUGUUGCAAGCUUUGAAUGCUGGCCUGAGCAAUAUCACGCAUAUUCAAUUCUUGACACUUUUGUAUCCUUCUCGCACGGAGGCGCGCUUGAUCAUCUUUGUAUUGGGACCCCUCGCCCUCGUUUCCUCUGCCCUGGUGUUUACCGCCCUCACCAACCACCAAACCGUCCUCGAUAUCACCGACGCCAUCCGCAACGUCUUCAACUCCACCCUCCUCCUCAUCUUUACUAUCUCCCUUGCCAUCUGGGGCAUCUUUGUAAACCGCCGCCGAGCCUGGAGAAACGACGGCGGUACAGCCGUAUUCGGCGCCGGCUCUCUAUUCUUGGCGACAGUCUCCACGAGUUUCAACUUUGUGGCAGUUGCAGAGGAUGGGAUUGAUUGGCUGCAGCACCUGCUGUUCGCGGCUGUGUUGUGGCAGAUCUGGCUCGGGUGGUGGUGGUGGGUCGGGAGUGGAAUGGGGAUCGGGGAGGUGGAGGAUAUAAUGGCAAAAGCAGAGAGGAAGAAGAGGAAGCAAGCGAAAGCUGCUGCUCGUGCUAGGAGCGCCAAUGCUAAAAGCCGAGACGGGCUCGGGGGGCGGACGAGGACAAAUUCGUUCGCUGGGCUUGCUGAUGGAAUCACCACCGGUGUGACGUCGAUCCUGCGUUCAUCUCGAACCGGCACCAUCACCCGCCGUGUAGCCCGCCGCUCUACCACAGAUGAGAGCCUUGCGGAAGAAGGCGCCCUGGAGAUGGACGACCUCUCCCGUCGACGCCGUCCCCUCGAGUCUAAUACACCCGGCGACUCAAUCGAAGAGGGAGAACCCCACGUCGAGUUUUCUCAGCCUUCAAACGAACAUACAGGCGAGGGCUCGUCCACCAACAGAAACCUCCAGCAGUCUACAAACUCUGAAACCUCGUCUACAUCCGCUACACCAUCUCUCCAUGCUCCGCGAACUGUCGGUGAAGUCUUCUCUUACCCUAGCACAUGGCUUGUCGUCUAUCUCCGCGGUCUGCGCAGAGCGCACCAGGAAGCUGCAAAAAAGGCUGCUAUAGAGCGCGCCGAGAUCCGCCAGCGGGUCUUUGAGCAAGGAGAUAGGUCGGACAGGGGAAGAGAUAGCGCGAGGCUGGAAGCUGGUGUGGCCAAUCGUGAUGACGUUGGAUGGGGUCUGGGGAGGUUUGGGAUCAGGGAGCAUGAGGAGAGCGCGAGGAGGUUGAGAGAGGCGGGAGAUAUCUUGAAUGAAGAGAGGCUGUUGGGCGAUACGCGGCGGUCUGGCUCGAGGACACGAGCAGGGGAGGGGGAGGCAGAAGAUACCACGACAACUCGGCCGGCGCGAGAUGGAAGAGAGACGACCGAUACAGAGUGGGAAGACUUGGAUACGAGCUCAGACUCAAACGAGGUCAGGCGGACUAUGAAGGGCAAGAAAAGACGGCGAAGAGGACGUGCGACUUCAGAGGAUGAGCCGGGCGAAAGCGGCGCGAGAGAUGGUAGGCGAGGGCAGGGCUCUGGGUGGUCAUGGUGGGGGCCGUUGAAAGACUGGCGCCUCAAUGACCGAGCAGUGUAUUAA